GCGGAACCUUGCCCUCCGGCGGGUCCGAUGCCUGAGAGCGAAGGAGGACAACAGCGACGCCGAUGAAGCUGAAGGAGAGGGAAAUUACCUGAGCAAAGUGAGAAAGGCUUUUGCACCGGCGCCUCUCGUGCUUCUUUGACUCAAGGUAUGGAUUGCAGAGGCGUUGGCGCUUGUCAAUGUCCGUCCUGUGUUGCUUCCCCUCGCUAUCGCAUACUUCACCUACUAUGUCCAGACGCUGCCCGUCUACCAAAGGCUUUCCGCUGGAAACCCCCAACGUCUUGCUCGCAAUCUCACAACGAAUGCAUUCGCGUCGCCGCAUUCGAAAUAUAACCCCAAAUCCUUGCUCAUCCCAAAAUCUUCUGUCGCUUUCCUUUCACACCCACAAAGGGGCGGCAUACCAGUGCCUCCUCUUUCUCUUUUCUGCGCGAACUCCCUCCCCUUCGCGCAUGCGAGCGCCCCCGCCCUGUCCGCGUUUUCCAAAAUCCCACAACGCUUCCGCGAAGGGGGAGGCACGACGUGCGCCGACGCGAAGUGGAAGGUAGCCCACCUUCCCCCGCAGGGCAAGUCGAGAACGCCUGUCCCGACAAGGAGAAGUGUCUGCCCCAGCCAUUUAUCCAGACCAUGUCUUCUGCAUCCUAAGUUUGCUAUUCUUCCCUUCCUCCCUCUAUUUUCCUUCACCUCGCCUCUCUUUGUCACCCCACACCACUACGAAGG